GUACUUCCUAGUUUCAUUUCUGUGGAAACAAAACCCAACAAGUCCACUCACAGCCACCCGGUUAACAGCCACAGUGCAGGACAAAAACACUUCCAUUCCAGCUCCUCCAGCAGCAGACCAAGAAAAGGACGAGGAAGAUGUUGGAAAAAGUCACCGCUUGCUACAUAGCUGUGCUGCUCUCCCUGACGUCUGUGUCAUCUGUGCAAAGACUCAAGACAAUCAACGAUUUAAGGAAAAUCAACUCUGGCCAGUCUGAGGAGAGUCUUCGUCUGCUCCACUGGUUUGCCAACAUAGUUGACAUAGACAAUAAUAAUGUCAUCUGGCUGACCUUUGACCCAGACAAUCACGAUUAUGGCUCCCAUCUAUAUCACAACUCCGAGAGGCUGCUGAAUCCUCUGCCUGAGGGACAGCAGUACUACACAAUUGGCAACGUCAAUGCAGACAGCUCUGAGGAUCUUCCAGAUUAUGUUGUCAACUGGAUGGACAACACAAGACGAAACACCGCACGUGUCAUAAUUAGAGUCAGGGAGGAAAGCAGGGGUACAACAGUACACCAGGUGUACAUCACACAGCAUUAUGAGACUUUUCAUUACAGAGACACAAGGUAUGAUCCAGAACAUACCUACCAUGUCACCACAAAUCUUUUAAGACAAAUCAGAAAUUUGUCUGUGGGAAACUCUCGCUCUCUGACGGAAGUCAGGAACGUCUUUGGAAGCAACAUUGAUGAUUCACAGUUAUGGGACAUCAGAACCACAUGGGGUGACCUUGCUUCCCUUGGACUCUUGUUGUUCAUCGUGAUCCCUGAAAAGUACUCAAGAAGGUACUCAAACAGAGCUCAGUCUGCACCCAGGACAAACAGACCGCCUCAUGUUGCUGUCAAGAUGCCAGAAAAUGAGAAAAACUUGACAAAUGCAGAUGCCUCCGGUAACAAAUGUAAACGUAAUGUAUGUAAAUGUGUUGGAUUGUGUGCAUUAUUUUUAAUAAUUUUCUUUCUUUUACUUUUUUUCAUAACAAAUGACCAAUGAGACACUGCUACCUAGAGAAAACUGAGGGACAGAAUUUCUCUGUUCGAUGGACCAGCGAUGCAGCAGAAUUCAUACAUUUUAAAUUUAUUAUGAAAAAUAUCAGGCAGCUCAAACCAAACUACGCCUUAAACAGCAUAAAUGGCAGGACAUUGCUCCAAUUAAUUGUUCAGUUUCCUUGCUUUAGAAUAUCCUGCUUUUAUGUAUAAUAUUUUUGAUUUUACAUCAACUGAAAGAAAUUGUACCAUUACACUCAAUAUUAUUUCACAAGGUAAUAAUUCCAUUGUUAUAUUCAGUUUCAAAUAAAACAUGUUCACAUUAUGUGAACAUAAACAAUGUGUGAAUAAGUCAAUUAUACAGGACAAGGAAGACUACUGACAAUUUACAGUAUAGCUCUGUUUUUCCCUGAGAGACUGGGUUUGUUUUGAUUAUUGUUGGUAACCUCAAUCCACGCAGUUCUGUGGAUCUUUCAACAACAAAACAUACAAGUAAGUUAAUACGAAUGUGAUCAGUAAGUCAUGCCAGAGUUAUUCCUCUAUUAAUGAAACUAUGCCAUGAACAUGAAGGAACUAUCAAAGACAUGACUGGUAAACCACAGGAGAGUAGUUGUUUGCUGUAACGCAGGGGGAGGGUUAAUCUGAACUGCCGUGUCAUUCUUUGCAGUACCUCCUAGUUUCAUGGAAGAAAUGUAACCCAACAAGUAAAUUGCUACGAUGCGGGACGAUUCAAAUUCAUUACAGCUGAUCCACCAUCAGAUCAAGAUAAAAGAGGACAAUGACGACCUCAAGAAGAGUAAUGAGUUGCUGUGUGGCCAUGUUACUUACUCUGACCGCAGUCUCCUCUGUACAAAGACUCAAUUCAAUCGAUGAAUUAAUCCAGAAUGAUCCAUCUUUGUAUGAGGAAAUUUUACCAUUACUCCAGUGGUUUGCCACCACAGCUGACAUAAAUGACAAUGGAAUAAGGCUGACCUUUGACCCGGAGGGAGGAGAUUAUGGCUCACAUUAUUAUAGCAAUUUUCAAAAGUUGUUGGAGCAAACUUUGUAUGGACAACGGUACUACACUGUUGGUAAUACUAAACAGGAGUGUCAUUUGAAACUUCCUUUGAAAGUAGUCAACAAUAAGAGAAACAGUGUCCGUAUAAUAGUUUGCAUCAGGCAUGUCAUCCAAGGAACGCAGGCACAGGGGAUAGAACGAGUGUACAUAACACAGCAUAAUGGUUCUAGAGAUAAUGGAAAGCCUUAUGAUCCAGCACAUACCUACGAGAUCUCUACUAACUUCCUAAGACUGAUGAGAAAUGACCAAUGGUCAAAUUUAAUUUCCAGUCAGCAGUCAGCAAGACACACCCAUUAUGAUCCAGGACAUACCUACGAGUUCUCAAGUCAGCUCAGGGAUAACCUCCAUUCACAUCUAAUCUACAGAAAGCAAUUUCCAAGACAGACUUCACAUUUACAGUCCUACAAUUACAGAGACCAUCACCAGGAAAAUCAGUGGAAUGCAGUGAAUGCUUUGAUGAUAGUUUUUGUUUUCAUUUUACUUCUCUGCUUUAUUGUAUAUUUUUUAGUACAUUCACAGCAACCAAAGAGAUGGCUAUAAAUUCAGUGGAACGUUUUUGUAGCUAAUAAUAGAAGUUUUUCCUAGGUGAAGGUAUUUUGUAUUGUCACAGAUGUUUACUAGUUUAAUUAUACAUACAUCAGUGUUAUUUAAUCAUUAUAAAACAUUGCGUAAAGCAUACAGUGAUCAAAUUAUUAAACACCCUGAUCUAUGAUGCACUUCUCACCCAAGUUGGGCUGUGACCGACCCUGAGCAGAUAAGUCGUCACAUCAUACAUAUGGUUUUCCUUGUUUGCUUUGUUAUCCUUCAUUUACUAAACAAAAAUAAAUAUUCCACCAUGAUUGGUUCUUUUUAUAUGAAGGACAGGUAAAUUUCACAAAACACUUACAGUAAAUAAUGACAAUAAACCACGUAAAUAUGUUGAAUUGUGUGCAUUAUUUUUUAAUCAUUGGUUAUUUUGUAUGCCUAGAUAUAUAAAAAAAUAAUGAGACACUGCUACCUAGAGAAAACUGAGGGACAGAACGUUUCUCUGUGUGAUGGGCCAGCGACAAAGCAAAAUUGAUACAUUUUAAAUUGAUUAUGAAAAAUAUCAGGCAGCUCAAACCAAACUACGCCUUAAACAGCAUAAAUGGCAGGACAUUGCUCCAAUUAAUUGUUCAGUUUCCUUGCUUUAGAAUAUCCUGCUUUUAUGUAAAAGCAGGAUAUUGUAUUGAUAUUGUAUUAAUUUUACACCAACUGAAAGAAAUUUUCCUAUUACACUCACUAUUAUUUCACUAUUUAAAUAAUUCCAUUGUCAUAUUCAGUUUCAAAUAAAAUGUGAAAAAUAAACAAUGUGUGAAUACGUCAAUUACACAGGACGAGGAAGACUCCUGACAAUUUACAGUAUAGCUCUGUUGUCAUCAUGUGGUUGAUCUUUGACCUAAACAAGAGAUCAUUGUGGACACAUUUCCAGCAGCAAUUCCCUGAGAGGCUGGGUUUAUUUUGAUUAUUGUUGGUAACCUCAAUCCACACAGUUCUGUGGAACUUUCAACAACGAAACAUACAAGUAAGUUAAUACGAAUGUGAUCAGAAAGCCAUGCCAGAGUUAUUCCUCUAUUAAUGAAUCUAUGCCAUGAACAUGAAGGAACUAUCAACAAAGACAUGACUGGUAAACCACAGGAGAGUAGUUGUUUGCUGUAACGCAGGGGGAGGGUUAAUCUGAACUGCCGUGUCAUUCUUUGCAGUACCUCCUAGUUUCAUGGAAGAAAUGUAACCCAACAAGUAAAUUGCUACGAUGCAGGACGAUUCAAAUUCAUUACAGCUGAUCCACCAUCAGAUCAAGAUAAAAGGACAAUGUCAGGAAGAGUAACGAGUUGCUGUGUGACCUUGUUACUUACUCUGACCACUGUCGUCUCUGUACAAAAGCUCAAUUCAAUCAAUGAAUUAAUCCAGAAUGAUCCAUCUUUGUAUGUGCAAAUUUUACCAUUACUCCAGUGGUUUGCCACCACAGCUGACAUAAAUGACAAUGGAAUAAGGCUGACCUUUGACCCGGAGGGAGGAGAUUAUGGCUCACAUUAUUAUAGCAAUUUUGAAGAGUUGUUGGAGCAAACUUUGUAUGGACAACGGUACUACACUCUUGGCAAUAUUAAACAGGAGUGUCAUUUGAAACUUCCUUUGAAUGUGGUCAACAAUAAAAGAAACAGUGUCCGUAUAAUAGUUUGCAUCAGGCAUGUCAUCCAAGGAACGCAGGCACAGACGAUAGACCGAGUGUACAUAACACAGCAUAAUGGUUCUAGAGAUAAUGGAAAACCUUAUGAUUCGGAACAUACCUACGAGAUCUCUACUAACUUCUUAAGACUGAUGAGAAACAACCAGUGGUCAAAUUCUAUUUCCAGAGAGCAGUUGGAAAGACACACCUAUUAUGAUGAUGAUAAUGAUGAUGAUUAUGAUCUGGGACAUACCUACGAGUUUUCAAGUCAGCUCAGGGAUAACCUCGGUUCACACCUAACCGACAGAGAGCAGUCUGCAAGACACAACCAUCAUGACCCAGAACAUACAGACGAGUUCUCAGGUCAGCUCAGGGAUAACCUCAGGUCACAUCUAAUGUACAGAGAGCAGUCUGCAAGACACACCCAUCAUGAUCCAGAACAUACCGACGAGUUCUCAGGUCAGCUCAGGGAUAACCUCAGUUCACAUCUAAUGUACAGAGAGCAGUCUGCAAGACACACCCAUCAUGAUCCAGAACAUACCGACGAGUUCUCAGGUCAGCUCAGGGAUAACCUCAGUUCACAUCUAAUCUACAGAGAGCAGUCUGCAAGACACACCCAUCAUGAUCCAGAACAUACCGACGAGUUCUCAGGUCAGCUCAGGGAUAUCCUCAGGUCACAUCUAACACACAGAGAGCAGUCUGCAAGACAGACUUCACAAUUCUACAUUUACACAGACCAUCACCAGGAUGAUCAGUGGAAUGCAUUGGAUGCUAUGAUAAUACUUUUUGUUUGCAUUUUACUUUUCGACAUUAUUAGAUAUUUUUUAUCAAAUUUACUAAAAAGAUGGCUAUAAAUUCAGUGGAACGUCUUUGGAGCUACAGUAAUGUAAAUUUUUUACUAGAUGAAGGUAUUCUGUAUUUUCACAGAUCUUUGAUGAAUGUAUAUUCCAACUAAAAGUGUUAUUUAAUCGUUAUAAAACACUGAAUAAUACAUAUGAUGCACUUCUCACCAAGUUAGGCUGUGACCGACCCUGAGCAGAUAAGUCGUCGUGGAUCUCGACUCCAGAGCAACAUUAGUUAAUUAAGGGCGGCACAGAGGUAGAGACUGCAGAACUACACUCUUGCAGUUUUGUUUUGGCUCUGUGUACUUCUAUUCCAAAGAACGGCAAUUUUGAUUGACCUUUUGAUUCAAUCAUCAGCUCCCAACCGGAGCUCAAAUUAUACAUAUGGUUUUCCUUCUUUGCUUUGUUAUCCUUCAUUUACUAAACACAAAUAUUCCACCAUGAUUUGUCCUUUUCAUCUGUAAUUAACCUUUGGAACUGCUCUGCUAAGGACUUAGUUGAAUGUUUGUGAUGAAAAACCAAAUCUGACCAAAGACCAGGAAAGGUCAAUUUUACAAAACAAUUACAGUUUAAAAAAAGCUCAAUACUCAACCAACAGUGAUAGGUUUCUUCACAUGGAAAAGUCUGAAGAUGUCAGGCUCAUGUAAGUGAAGCAUAAUGACAAUAAACCACACCUGUAGUUUAAAAUAUCUGCUCGCUUGACUAAACAUACAGUAGACUCAAAAGUAUGUGUUAUUAGCAAACACAAAACCAACAAACAGCUUAACAAGUUUGUUAUGUUACAUAGUGAUAGUGGUAUUUAUUUAUUUUUUCCCAUGAACAAAUUUCUUUCCAAAAUAUAUAGUAUUUUUCAUAUUGUAUAGUAUAACGUUAGUGUGAGGAAUAAGAUAUUUUGGUGGGAGAAGUCAUAAAUGUGCAAUUCCAAAACAUGAUCAAAAACCAAAAACUUACUAAUUAGAGACUAAUAAAAAUAUUUGUCUCCAACCCUGCUGAUCAAAGUACAGUCUGAACCUGCUGUUAAAGCAAAACAGAAAGACUGACAAACAGAAAAAAAGCUGCAACAAAAUGCAACGUUAAAGAGGGAAAUGCAUUCCAUCUAUUACAAAGACAUUACAAAGCUUCCUGUAACCACAUGCAAAGGUUGUUCUCAAGUUUCAUUUCCAAGGAAACCAUAAGCCAAGGGAAGCUUUUACUGCUACCACACGAGCACAGACAACAGACAUCUACUGGCAGCAGGCUACUGCAGGUGAGUUCUCCUCUAUACAAGGCUUUAGUUUACUUUGUGAUUAGUAAGGAUUUAAAUGCCAGUCUUAAGUCAAUGUAGAAUCAAUAUAUAUACACUCAUGUCCUUGGGAAUUCUACUUUGCAUUGUGUUUAAAUAAUCAAAUCACUUGCUGCGAUACUUGUAUUUUGCCAAGCAAAUUACAGACUGUAUUUGUACAAGCAAAUUAGAGACAGUAUUUGUACAAUCUAACAAUGCAUCUGUGGAAUACAUUAUAAACACGUGUUCUUUUUAACGUACAAAAGGAUCGAUGAUGACAGGAAGACUGACAGUUUGCUGUGUGGCUCUGUUCCUCACUCUGAGCUCUGCAACAUUCGUAAAAAGACUACAUUCAAUCAAUGACUUGAAGAAAAUCAACUUUGGCCAGUCUGUGCCCAAACACAGUCUUCUGCUGCUCCACUGGUUUGCCAACACAGUUGACGUCGACAACAACGAUGUCAUAUGGCUGACCUUCGACCCAGACAACAAAGAUUAUGGCUCCCAUCACUAUGGCAACUUUGAGCGGUUGCUGGAUCAACUCCCUCAGGGGCAGCGGUACUUCACUGUUGGUAAUCUGAAUGGAGGCGCCUCUCUUCCUUCUUACGUUUACAAUCCCCCGCGGGAGUACAGGGAAGGAAACCGGGACCGGGUCAUAUUCAGCGUUAGUGGGCAGAGAAUUGGCCAAGUGUACAUCACACAGCAUUACGGCACUUCUGAGAAUCAAGGGACAAGGUAUGAUCCAGAACACACAUACCAGGUCACUACAAACCUUUUAAGACAAAUCCGGGAGUUUGCCGUGGGACAAAACCAAGGAAACUUACUGUCAGAGCUCAGGGAAGACUUUGGAAGCAAUGCUGAUGAUUCACAGUUGCGGGAGAUCAAAAUCACAUGGGGUGACCUUGCUCCGCUUGGACUACUGUUGUUUAUUGUGAUUCAGGAAAAGUACUCCUUUUACAAAAAGAGACCUCAGACUGCACCAAGAAGAAAGGCACAGCCUGAUUUUGUGGUCAAUAUUCCAGAAAACGGACAUAAUCACAUGGAUGCUGUGGAAACUUUAGCCAUACUUAUGGAGGAUCAGAAUGAGAACAUAAGACUUAAAGUAAUGACCAACACAAAUGGAAAAGCCAGAAUUGUUUGGGAAAACAUUCCUAUAGAUCUUCUAAGAGAAGGUGUGAUGGUAAUGCUUUUUGACAACAAUGAGGGUCAGGAAGCCAAAACAUACAAGUACAUUGGAAACAGAGCGUCAGGCAGUUACGACACCUCAGUACCUCUAAAUGACGGCCUUCAAGCCCGGCUACACAAGGUGAGAACAAGGUGCUGCUUUUGGAGAGGGGUGGGACUGGAGAUACGCAGGGGAACAGAGUUCAAGAAUCCCGAGGCAGUAAAGAUAAACGGCUUCAAUGCAAAACUACAACUGUUUGCAAAAGAUGGUAAAGCUUGCGUUCGCUUGUAUGUGAACACGUCUUUCAGAGAGUGGAAGUCAGAAUUUAAAAAGGCUUGGGUCGGUUUCUACACCUCUGAAAACAAGGCCACCAAUGAGUAUGAAUGGUGGAAGUGGCAGUGGGCAACUAAAUUCAAACCAAACUAUGAUUAUGAGCAGCCCUUGUAUGAAAUCUACGAGUACCACUCGGGUAUGGCAAUCGCUCCCGGAGUCCAAGCGCGCUUCAUACUCCGGGAUAGGGAAGUUAAAGCAUGCACUCCAAGCUGGAAGUAAAAGCAAUGCACGACAAUCUUGACAAGAACCAAGUUUCUUCUGCACCUCUCUCUCUAAAGGUGGACAGUACUGGUCUUAUUGCUGCCCUGCUGUCGAACCAGCAUAUCAGUUUUGGUUCAUGGCAUGCACUGUAGCAGGUUAGUAGUAGGUUUGAAAUUGUCUACAAACAUUUAGUUCUGCAUGGGUGCAAUACAGCAAAGUUCACGACUACAACCUGAAAGACUGGAAUCUCACAGCUUUCAACCCCAAUGUGCUUACAGUGGACUCGAGGGCCUGUAUCUGACAUUUUGCUAUUGUGCAACUCAUAUGCAAAGUUCUGUAGUGUAACCUGAAACAAGACUGGGGGAAACUGUUUUUAUUAGUAAUUUGUCUACAAAAUCAAAAGUGACUGUUGCUUGUAAUAAAAAGUUGGAUCACUUAAGUGAUAAAAGCAAUUUAGGUUCCUUUUUUGUGUGUAUGCAAGAACAUACCAUUAUUUUUGCAUGUGCAGUCUAAUAGUGACUAAUAGUGAAAAAAAAGGAGUAUUUUGUAAUUAUUCCAUAAUGUUACCAAUUGUUUUUAUUAAAAUCUCAAAAUCAUUUCAA